CCUUUCGUUUCCUUAGUUGAAAAACCCAUUAACUCUCCAUCAAAACAGGACAAAUCAGAGAAGAGCAGCAGGAAGGAGGGGACGCGCUCUGCUAUUCUUUUCAUCUCUUACAGUUUAAUUCUUCUUCCUUAUACCUUCCCUUGAACCUGCUAUAAGCUUCUUGAUAAUUUUCUUUUUAUAUUCUCCUUGCUCUCUUUGCGCUCCUUUCCUCCAUUAAAGUAGAGAUAUGAAGAAGGGGGAAGAACAGGCCAGGUCUCUCUUCGGAAUUUCGCUUACAGAAAGGCCAAAGUAUCAACAGUUUCUAAUAUGCUCCUCUGGCUUUUUCUUCGGCUACCUUGUGAAUGGUAUUUGCGAGGAAUACGUUUACAACCGUUUAAGCUUCAGCUAUGGAUGGUACUUCACCUUUGUGCAGGGUUUCGUCUACCUUGGGCUCAUAUAUCUGCAGGGCUUUAGCACGAAGCAGAUGGUGAAUCCAUGGAAGACUUACGUGAAGCUGUCUUCGGUGCUAAUGGGUUCUCAUGGGCUAACCAAGGGCUCUCUUGCCUUCUUGAACUAUCCUGCUCAGCUCAUGUUCAAAUCUACCAAGGUUUUGCCUGUGAUGGUAAUGGGAGCUUUCAUUCCCGGCAUUCGAAGGAAAUAUCCGGCGCAUGAGUACAUCUCUGCAUUUCUUCUUGUUCUUGGCUUGAUUCUCUUCACUCUCGCAGAUGCUCAGACCUCACCAAACUUUAGCUUUAUCGGUGUUUUUAUGGUGAGCGGCGCACUUGUAAUGGAUGCUUUCCUUGGCAACCUGCAAGAAGCCAUCUUUACCAUUAAUCCUGAAACAACUCAGAUGGAAAUGCUUUUCUGCUCUACUGUUAUUGGGCUUCCUCUUCUGAUACCGCCCAUGCUUUUAACUGGAGAGUUGUUCAAGGCAUGGAAUUCAUGCUCACAGCAUCUUUAUGUGUAUGGUGUGCUGAUCUUUGAAGCCAUGGCUACCUUCGUCGGUCAAGUCUCUGUGCUAUCCCUCAUCGCUAUUUUCGGCGCGGCCACAACCGCCAUGGUAACCACAGCAAGAAAAGCAGUAACUCUUCUCCUAUCAUACUUGAUAUUUACAAAGCCUUUGACUGAGCAACAUGGCACUGGGCUACUGCUCAUCGCCAUGGGAAUCGUCUUGAAGCUUCUUUCAGAGUAUAAGUUUCCCAUUGCUUGUAAACCAAAGCAGCAGCGGGAAGAAGAAGAUGGUAUUCAAGACAAAGAAGAGAAAACACCUUUGGUUUGAAUUUGUGCGGAUGGAACAGAAGCGAAGACUUGUUCAUUUGUUGUUUUUUUAUGUUUUUUGAAUUACAGGAAGAUUUAAUGGGAGAUUUGGGGGAGGAAAUAACGAUGCAGAUGUUUUAUAAUGGUUGGUGUAAUUUAGUUAUGGAAUUAAUGGAAAGAAAAAUUCAUUGAGCAGA